AGUAGCGGCUGACGUAGUUUCAAAAUGUCGUCCCAUCGCAACGUCUGCGUUGGUUCUCGGGUGUCGGAUCGUCAAAAGGAGCUUCUGCUGGCUUUUGUGAAAGAUCGCGACGCUGUCGUGCCCGCUGGAGCCGUCGUUCACAAGGGAGGACCGGGACGACAUGUGGCAGGAGCUAGUAGCGCUUUUGAACGAAGAAUUCCCUGCGCGUAACACCAGAGCCCAGUGGCAGGCCCGAUGGAGGAAUGAGCGCUACUAUUCGCAGCAGGGUCUUGCCAAUCUCCGAGGGCAGCAGAGCGGCACCCGAGGCGGCCAGAUUUCGGAUUACCGCGGCCGUGUCGUGCUCGACAGAGACGAGUGUGCGAGGCCCAGAGUUCGGGUGGUCUGAAUCGGUGAGCCCUGCUCCAGCUGCUGCUGGUGUGGCUGAAGAGGAUGUGGCCCAGGAUCUUCCCCGUGCCCCAACUCCUCAUGCCGCAGCUGCGAGAUGGGGGCAACCGGCAGGCCGAGGCGCUGGAGUUACUAGCCGCAAACACCAGGCGGCGGGGCCAGGCAUCAUUGAAAAGCUGCGCCAGGUUCAACUUCUCAGUGACGUGGUCCACGAAUUGCAAGGCGUUGGUACCCUCGCCCGGGCCCUCAUUGCAGCGGAAGCCACCUGCACAGUGAUUUGUAAAGACUAGUUGUACAUACAUGUAGACUUAUUUUUGUUCACAUCACGAGCUAUGAUACGCUCGCUUGCUUCAAUGGUGCCCUGCAAUUUUUUCUCAGUUAAUUUUCUUUUUCUGCAUAUCAGAAGCACUGAUGUGCUGUUUCAUUGUACAUGCAUUCAGCAAUUCAGCAGUCAUGCAUUCAGCAAUUUUGUAGUAUA